AUGCAUUCGGCACUCUCUAAUAUCACCCACAUUUUUGGAUGGUUCUCUUUUUUCACUGCCCUCUGGUCCACAGUCACUCUCUUCAUUUUGGUUGAAAGAAAGUCUCCAGAAGCAUUUAGUGGAUAUAAGAACUUUCUCAGAAUCUACUGUUUCUACGCAUUCAUCUUCUCUAUCAUUGACUGGUUAGCCCAACCUAGUGCCUUGGUGGAUAUUCAUGGUUUUGGUUAUGUAUUUUAUUCUGAGAACAGACUUUUCGAUUUGGGAGUCUAUGCUGGUCAUUUUGUAUUAAUAGCGUACUGUGGAUGCUUCAUUGCCAGCUCCUCAUUCCUAUCUCUCAAUUUCAUCUAUCGGUAUGUCUCCAUUUGCAAACCCCGUCACUUAAUCUACUUCAAAGGAUGGCGAGUCAUCCUUCUUUUUCUCUAUUGUGCGGUUCCAUUUGGAAUCUGGUCCCUUUUGGUUUACACCAUAAUGGGACCAACUCCAGAGAGAGCCGCCCACUUAAAUUUGACCACUAUCCUUGUGGAAGAUGUUGAUCUCACUGGAAAACCCUACGUAGCAGUUCUAUGUCGCCACGUGGCAAACUACAGUUACCAUAAAUACGGAGAAAUAGAAUGGGGAACCAUGGUAGCAUUUUUAGGACUUUUUGGGUUCCAGGGUUUUUUCUACACGGUAUCUCUGGUCUGUGGAUUUCUGACUUACAAUGAUACGCUGAAUUUGUUCAAAAAGGCGCAAAUGUCAAAAGAACUUUACAAGAUGCAAAUGCAAUUAUUGAGAGCUAUCGUUAUUCAGGCGUCCGUUCCAUUGAUCCUUGUAUAUAUCCCUCCUGCUAUCAUGAUUCUUGGUGGAAUGAGUGGAAUUUAUGUGGGACAAAUUGGUUAUUUCGUUGUGAUGAGCAUCUCCAUUUAUCCUCCAAUUGAUUCUCUUGUUUUCUUGUUCUCCAUCCAUUGCUACCGUUCUGCACUAUGCUGUGAAGAGGUUACGGUAUUUGCGAAUAGUACUGUUCCUAGAUCGCCAUCAAAUAAUAAGGUUUCGCCAGUAGAAUUGGAGAAUCUCUAA